AUGAAAUGGCAAAAAAGGUAUCAACAUCUAGAUUAUGUAGAAAGUGCAGCAAAGGCCAACAAUGGACCAAUGAAUGCAGAUCAACAAAAGACAGACUUGGCAACCAGCUACCAUCAGGAAAAUCCUUGGAAGGGGCCUCUUGCAGACCCCAAGUCAAAGGAGGUUCAGUCAUUCCCAGUAGCUGUGGAACACAUUUUUCAUGAGCUGUGCAUUAGACACAAGAUAAAAUUACAAGAUACCCCCAUUUUAAAGAACAGGCAUGAAAAAGUACAAGAGAACUGUAUCGAUCUCGUUGGACGCAUUGCUGACAGGGGAGCUGAAUAUGUAUCUGCAAGAGAGUGGAUGAGGAUUUGCUUUGAACUUUUAGAGCUCCUAAAAGCACACAAGAAGGCCAUUCGGAGAGCUACUGUCAACACUUUUGGGUACAUUGCAAAGGCCAUCGGCCCUCAUGACGUAUUGGCUACGCUUUUAAACAACCUCAAAGUUCAGGAAAGGCAGAACAGAGUGUGCACCACUGUAGCCAUUGCCAUUGUCGCUGAGACAUGCUCCCCCUUCACAGUGCUCCCUGCCUUAAUGAAUGAGUACAGAGUUCCUGAACUAAACGUUCAAAACGGAGUGCUGAAAUCCCUGUCCUUCUUGUUUGAGUACAUCGGCAAAAUGGGGAAAGACUACAUCUAUGCAGUGAUGCCUCUCCUUGAGGAUGCGCUGAUGGACAGGGACCUUGUGCACAGGCAGACAGCUAGCGCAGUGGUACAACACAUGUCACUUGGUGUCUAUGGCUUUGGCUGUGAAGACUCUCUGAAUCACUUACUGAACUAUGUAUGGCCGAAUGUGUUUGAGACAUCGCCCCACGUAAUCCAGGCCGUCAUGGGAGCUCUGGAGGGCCUGAGAGUUGUUGGACCAUGCAGAAUGUUGCAGUAUUAUUGCUUACAGGGUCUGUUUCACCCAGCUCGGAAAGUCAGAGAUGUGUACUGGAAAAUUUACAACUCCAUCUACAUCGGCUCCCAGGACGCUCUCAUAGCACAUUACCCAAGGAUCUACAACGAUGAUAAGAACACCUAUAUUCGUUACGAACUUGACUAUAUCUUGUAAUUUUAUCUUGUGUCUAAUACACAGCUGUUUCACACCUUAAACUUGCUUCUGUCUG